AUGCCGUCCUCCAAAGUGUCCUCGGCUUCGGCCACGUCAUCAUCGUCGUCGCGGAACGCGAGCAAGCGCCUGCUGCGCGAGCUGGCCAGCUGGGAGAAGGAGGCGGCCGCCGAGACGGGCAUCGAGCGGCUCGGCCCCGUGAGCGAGGAUGAGCUGUUCCACUGGGAGGCGGUCAUCAACGGGCGGGGCAUCGGCGGCGGGUACGACGACGGCCGCUGGCUGCUCCAGAUCCGGCUCCCGCCGACGUACCCGCUGCAGCCGCCGCAGAUGACGUUCGCGACGCCCGUGGUGCACGCCAACGUGGCGCUGGCGACGGGCGAGAUCUGCCUGGACCUGCUCAAGGACGCGUGGACGCCGGCCUACGGCGUGCUCGAGUCGGUGCGCGCCGUGCGCAUGCUGCUGGGCUGCCCCGAGACCGACUCCCCGCUCAACGUCGACGUCGCCGCCCUCGUGCGCGCCGGCGACCACCUCGGCGCCCGCCGCCUCGUCGAGUUCUGGGUCCGCGACGAGGGCGGCCGCUACGAGGGGCGCUGA